GCAGCAUUUGCAAAGGAGGCAGCGGAGCCGAGCAGUUGAAGGACAUCAAAUGAAACACGGGAGCGCUUUACAGCGGGUCCUCUUGAGUUUUGCGCGUAGCCUGUGUGCCCCGAGCCUGGAGACAGUACGUUUUAGUGAAAAUCAUGGAAGAUAAAUCAAAUUCGUUCUCCAGCAACAAAGAAGGGGAGAAAGCAGAUGGGAAUAAUGUAUUUCAAAGGCAAGACUCGAUACAGAAGAAUAAUAUGGGGAGCCAGAACAUGAAAGGAGGGGACCAUGGAAACUCGGUGGGCUUCAAGGGGGACCGGGAGGAAGCCUUGGUCGGGUUCGACGAUAUAGACGGGUCCGGAAAUCGACAUGGCUUUAUGCAGCGACAAUUUGGAGCGAUGAUGCAGCCCGGCGUCAAUAAGUUCUCCCUGCGAAUGUUCGGCAGUCAGAAAGCCGUUGAGAAAGAGCAAGAAAGGGUGCAGACGGCUGGAUACUGGAUCAUUCAUCCCUAUAGCGAUUUUAGGUUCUACUGGGACUUGGUAAUGCUGGUCAUGAUGAUGGGGAACCUGAUCAUCAUUCCUGUAGGAAUAACCUUCUUCUCGGAGCAGACCACCACCACCUGGCUAAUAUUCAACGUAGCAUCAGACACCAUCUUCCUCGUGGAUCUGGUCAUGAACUUCCGCACGGGGAUCGUCAACGAGGAGAGCUCCGAGAUCAUCCUGGACCCCAAGGUCAUAAAGAUGAACUACCUGAAGAGCUGGUUUGUGGUCGACUUCCUCUCGUCCAUCCCAGUGGAUUAUAUAUUUCUAAUAGUGGAAAAGGGGUUUGACUCAGAAGUGUACAAGACGGCGAGGGCGCUGAGGAUCGUGAGGUUUACUAAGAUUCUGUCUCUUCUGAGGCUACUGAGACUUUCCCGACUCAUCAGAUACAUACACCAGUGGGAGGAGAUCUUCCAUAUGACCUAUGACCUGGCCAGUGCUGUGGUAAGAAUAUUUAAUCUGAUAGGGAUGAUGCUACUGCUGUGCCACUGGGACGGUUGUCUGCAGUUCCUGGUCCCACUCCUACAAGAUUUCCCUCAAGAUUGUUGGGUGUCGCUAAACGGUAUGGUUAAUGACUCGUGGGGUAAGCAGUACUCGUACGCACUCUUCAAGGCCAUGAGUCACAUGCUGUGUAUCGGGUACGGCGCCCGGGCUCCCGUCAGCAUGUCCGACCUGUGGAUCACCAUGCUCAGUAUGAUCGUGGGCGCCACCUGCUAUGCCAUGUUCGUGGGUCACGCCACCGCUCUCAUCCAAUCACUGGACUCCUCCCGCAGGCAGUACCAAGAGAAGUAUAAACAAGUAGAGCAGUACAUGUCGUUCCACAAGCUCCCUGCAGACAUGCGGCAGAAGAUCCAUGAUUACUAUGAGCAUCGUUAUCAGGGCAAGAUCUUUGACGAGGACAAUAUCCUGAGUGAGCUCAACGACCCGCUCAAAGAGGAAAUUGUGAACUUCAACUGUCGGAAGCUGGUGGCUACCAUGCCGUUGUUUGCCAACGCAGACCCCAACUUCGUGACGGGCAUGUUGAGCAAGCUGAAGUUCGAGGUGUUCCAGCCCAACGAUUACAUCAUCAGGGAGGGCACCGUGGGCAAGAAGAUGUACUUCAUCCAACAUGGUGUGGCCAGUGUCAUCACCAAGCUUAACAAAGAGAUGAAGCUGACUGAUGGCUCUUACUUUGGAGAGAUCUGUCUGCUGACGAAGGGAAGACGCACGGCGAGCGUUCGCGCUGACACCUACUGCCGUCUCUUCUCCCUCUCUGUGGAUCACUUCAACGAGGUGUUGGAGGAGUACCCCAUGAUGCGCCGCGCUUUCGAGACCGUAGCCAUCGACCGCCUGGACCGUAUCGGGAAGAAGAACAGCCUGCUCCUCCAGAAGUUCCAAAAGGAUCUGAACGCUGGGGUGUUCAACACGCAGGAGAACGAGAUAUUGAAGCAGAUAAUCCGUCAGGACAGGGAGAUGGUGAUGAUGGUGGACCGCAAGCAGUCGGUCACAGGGAUGUCGGUCACAGGGAUGUCGGUCACAGGGAUGAACACCACCCCGAUAUCUGGAAACUCCAUCAUUAACUCGCCGGCUCAGCCGCCCUACACCACUGCCCUGGGCAACAACCAGUUCCAGCAGUCAGCCACUCCUUUGACCUACAGCGCUUCGGCCGUCAUUGCCCCCUCCGCCGCAGCCGCCGCCCGCAUCCUGCCAGCCUCGGCGCAGGGUGUCUAUCCCGUCCCCAGUGUCAUCCACGGCAACCUGAACUCAUCCUCGCCCGUCUCCCAGACUCCCCUCUCUCUUCAUCAGCAAGGGUCCAUCAUGUCCCCGGUAUCCUUCACCACGGCUGUGUGCAGUCCACCCGUGCAGACCCCUGGGCUGGCAGGCCGCAGCUUCCAGUACGGCUCGCCCACCGCCUCCCAGCUCUCCCUUAUCCAGCAGCCGCUGCCUACUGCCCUACCACCACAGCAACCACUACCACAGCCACAGCAACCAGGAGCAGCUGCGGCCUCCUCAGCAACACAACAACAACAGCAGCAGCAGCAGCAGCAAGUCCCGUCACCUCAGAGGAGUGACAGCCUCCACAAGGCCAGUCAUGCUCUCCAGUCGGGAAGCCUGGGUCGAGACGUGCGCCACCUCUCUGCCUCCCAGCCCUCCCUGCCCCAUGACACGUCCCUGGGGUCCCGAGCGCACCCUGCAGCGUCCGGGGACUCCCUGGCCUCCAUUGCCCCGCCGGUGGCUGCGGUCCAGGGUAUGGGUAUACAGAGCGGUCUCCGCACCACAGUGCCCCAGAGGGUCAACCUGUUCCGCCAGAUGUCAUCGGGAGCGUUGCCUCCGGUGCGAGCGGUGUCCUCUGCAGCCCAGCACAGGGAUUCCACGGGCUCUAGGAGAGAUUCUAGAAGAGAUUCUACCUUAAGCAGUACAGAGACCGAGCAAGAUAAGAUGCGGUUCGCAUCAAAUUUAUGAUCCCAUUUUUCUUUUUUUUUUAAACUUCUGUUUUAUUUCAUUUUUAAAUGGAGAUACAAAAAAAAGAUAAAGAUGAACUUGAGUAUUUUUUUGUUUUCUCAAAAUUUUGUUCAGAAAAAAAAUGAGCCUAAAGGAAUUCCUGUACAGACUGCCCUUGUAUUAUAUUUUAGACACAUUUUCUCCCUACAUUUAAGAAUGUAUAUUAAAUAAAUAUAUAUAUAUAUAUAUAUGUGUGUAAAUCCAACUAGAAUAUUUGGCAAAGACUAUUUAAAAGCUCUAGUAUAUAAACAUGAGUCUUCCUUUCCAAAAAAUAUAAAUAUAGAUAUCAAAUGUAUGGAGAGGGAGGGUGUUUGUUAUUUUCUGUUUUUGUAAACUGGAAUGCAUCGUGAUGAAUCCUGACAGUUGACUUUUUGAUUUUUUUUUUUUCUACCUGCGAGAAGAGGAAGUAAAAUAUCUUCUCACAUUACGCAGCUUUGUCACCACUGUGGAAUAACUGACGCAAGCGAACCUUGAAACUGUCAACAACAAAAAAAAAAGCACACACUCAAACAUAAAUCUAAAUGACAGAAUUUGUGGGACCUUUAUCUUAGCAAUCAACACAGGUACAAUAGCUAGGUGUUCCAUUGCUCUCAGCAAUACAUCCUCUUGAGCCACAGUGUCCUCACACAGUGGUCGGUGAACACCAUGACAGUGUUAUGGGUCCAAAGGGAAUGAUAUAAAUAGAAGCGAUGCUCUUUUUUUGUUUGUAGAAGGAUGAUGUUGUGAGCGAAGAAUGGAUGAUGCUGUUUUUAGUCCUAAUUUCAGACAGUGAUAGACGUUAUGUAAUGUUGCUUAACAAAACUAUGUGUACAUUUAUAAUAUUUAUAAACUAAAGAUUAUCACCAUUAUGCAAUAGACUGUGAUAUAAAGAUUAUCUAUAUGUGUGUUGUAAAUAGUUUUGUAGAUCUAGUAUUUACAGAUACUGUGUGAUGCAUUCUCAAUCAUAACAAUGUCUUACUUCUUUCAGGAACCUUGAUAUCUUCAUCAUCAUCAUCAUCAUCAUCAUCUAUAUGUGAGAAAAAAAGUGAAUAAGUGACAACAAUGCAUAUAUUCAUUAGAGAUAAGAAAACCUUAACGCAAUAGCUAGCACUACUUGACACUGAGAAAUGCCUGUCAUACUGAGAAUCUUCAUUAGUCUGCAUAGUCCUUGUUUCCUUGUUUAUUUUUUAACCAUCUAGCAAGCAAAAGAGAAGCGAAUGAGGGAUUAAAUAUUUUUUUUAACGCUGAGGUUUCAUCACUUUUCAACACAUUUAACGCUGAUGUUUCAACACUUUUCAACACGUUUGUAGCAUGGACUCCUUAACACCUGUUAUUAUACACUUCAAACAUGUCUCCCCUGUAUGUUCAUCUCCUUUGGAACAGUAUUAUUUCUAUUGCUAGAUUUUAUUUCAGUCACAUGCUACACAAUACAGUAAUACCCUUUUACAGUGUGUUUUUCUUACUGUGGGUGUGCUGGGUGAGUAAACCUACCCAUUCCUUACAGCAAUUAAGAGUUAUUGUAUGUUUGACUACCCAUACACAAUGUGACACUUUAGAAUUACUGUAAAUAUGAAUCAUUGUUGAAUCUAUCAUAUUGUGACUCCAAAUCUUUUAGUUAGUUUUGACAUCUUUUGAUUUCCAAUUUAAAAAAAUAUAUUUUUUAUGUCAUUCCGAGGGUACGGACGGCCUGUUUGGAUGUUUUAGUCAGGCUUUCUGCUUUUUAAUUAAUUUUUCAUAUUUAAUUUCUCACCUUCCAUAUCAUGUAUUAAAGUAAUGUGAUCGUCUAGUGUGGCAGUGGAAUGGAAAGAAAUGUUUUCCUACCGACAAAAAAUUUAUCAAUUCUGUAUUUUUCUGCAAUAUGCCCAUCUGCUGUAGGUUUGCAGUCUAGACGUAUGAAUUUUCCUGUCAAAGUUAAUGUUGAAGAAGACUGUCAUGACCUUUCCAGACACUUCUCUCUCUUUGAAUAGGUGGUGUUAUAAGUCAAGUGUUUGGGCCCCAUUUUAAAAACAAUCACAGUGUGUGAAUUAGAGCGAGAGCAACAUAUGCUGUGUUGCAUUAAGGUUUCUGUCUCUUGUGUGUCUGAAUCCAUCAUAGUAACUGUAACAAUAUCAACAAAAUUACAAUGUUUAAGCUUAUUUAUUUAGUGUCCUGGGGGGGGGGUCCAGAAAUGUGACUAAACUUUGAGACAAUUCAUUAAGGUCAGUCAUUCUAACACAGCUUACCCUCGUGAGGUUGCAGGCUAUUUGACGUGCUUAUGAAUUUAUGUGUAUGUUUGCUAGAGACGCCACCCCCCCCCAUGUAUUGUGUAUAGUAACCAUGUGAGUAAUUAGUAUGAUAUGUUCCUCACAGACAACCACCUCUCAUGAUUUUAGAGUCACUAUCUUCAUGGCGGCAAACAUGCUCCAUCAGUCGGCUUCGAGUAUCUAAACCCCCCCUUAGAGACACACCUAAAAAGAUGAGCAGUACUUCAAUACAGACAACGUGUGUCAACAUUCUACCAAUACAGAGUCCACCACCCCAAAAAAAAAGUCUCAUAAAAAGCAUGUACUUCUCACAAAUACUUAAAAAGAUACUAUAUAAAAAAAAAAAAUGUUGACGUUAAAUGUACUGUGAGAUUAUGUUUUGUUCAUUGUCUGUCUAGACGUUAUUUGUGUGCAACGAAAGCGUUGACAUUUUCACAAAAGGACACUUAAGUAUUUGUGCCUAAAACUGUAGCCAUGUUCGAUACUUUUUGUUUGUUUUGAGUGUGAGGAGCUUUAAUGUGCAUAUGCACCUGUACAACACAUAAAUUACUUAUCAUAUGUGUUCUAUGUUUCAAUAUUUUUUUGAGAGGAAGAUGUAACCAAUGAAGAUGAUGGCCAAAUGUCUCAGUUUAACUAUUGGAAUCUUUGAAGACAAUUGCGAACUUUAUGAAAAGGCUCUCUCAUUCUGAUCUAGAACUCUCUGAAUUACAGUAAUGACUAGUAAAAAGGCUCUCUCAUUCUGAUCUAGAACUCUCUGAAUUACAGUAAUGACUAGUACCGUCUCUACAGAACUGGGAGGAUACUAACACGUUGACGAGACAUUGUAAACAUCUGAAGCACCUUUUGUAACUUCCUUUGUAGCUAGCCACUGAUGUUUUGUUGAUUAUUAAUGUUGCGCGGAAUGAAACUGGCCAAAGCAAAACAUUCAAAGUAAUUUUCUUUGUUUUGAAUUGCACUUUCUGAUGAAAGAAAAUUCCGAUACAGACUCUUCAGUCAGUUAGUUUAAGUGAAUUGAAGGUUUAAAGGGAGAUGUAUGAUCUAGAUUGGAACACUCUGGCCUAUUCUAGGGUUCUAAACAUGGAGAGAUGUUCUAUUCCAAGACUGCUUAAUCCUGAUCUGCCAUGGUGAAUGUAUUCAUGGGUGGCACCUCCGUCUCGUCGUUGCCAUUAUGAACGUUUUACAGACGCCGCAGCCAUAUUGGUGCCCAAAAGUCCAGUGAUGCCCAGUCAUUCUGAACGGGGCUAAUGACUGUUUCAUCUAAAUUACACUAUAGUGGCCUGGAAAUACAAUGACAUUGCUAAAGUAGGCAAAUAUUUAGUAGGAAUCGGCUUUGCCAUCAUCAUUAAUGUAGUCAAACUUACUUUAGACAGAUGACAAUGUUGUCAUUAGCUAGCAAAGAUUGUCCAAAAUAGUUAGCAAAGCUAACUUUAGCUAGCUUAAAUCCGGUGGUCUCCCCUCAAUCUUAGCUAGCUAACUAAUGUUAUACUGCAUCUAAAGUAAAUCUGGUGAUAUCAUUUUAUCCUUCUUUUCCCAGGUAAAUUGACUGAAAACAAAUGUUCAUUUACAUCAAUGACCUGGGGAAUAGUUACAGGGUAGAGAAGGGGGGAUGAAUGAACCAAUUGGACAAUGAUGACUGAAGGUUUUCCUGCAAAUUAUUUGCCUCUACAAAUGUCAUUGUAUUUUCAAGCCACUGUCAUGCACUUUUGAUGAAAUCUUCAUCAGCGCCAAUUGACAAUGCAUUGAGUAGAGUGCUCGGUCGGGCAUCAGUCCUAAAACGAAUGUUCAAAACAAUAUUGUGACGAAAUGUGCAACCAAUGAAUAGGAAUUAUUACACGGUUCAGAUGGAUAGCAGCGCUGUUGGUUUGUGCUGUUUUUGAUACUUGCCUUUGGAGGGGAAAGCUUCCCAACUAUGUGCUUUUUUUUCCACAAUAAUUCCGACCACAGCUAUCUAGCAUUCUGGAAUGGGCAUUAUGAUGUAUGUAGUACAACACGAACGGACGAAUCAGCUUACAGUUUUAGCAGUAUGGAGAACUCUCAAUUAACCAGCACAUAUAUUUGUACAUUUAUUUUGUUUUGUUUUUAAAUAAAAAUGCUAAAACGAACAAAGCCCAGUGCCCAGAGAAAGGAAACUAGGGUCUUUAUUCACAAAGCCUCUCAGAGUAGGAGUGCUGACCUAGUAUUAGUUUGAACUUUUGGAUAAAUUCAUGCGAUUAUUUGGACAAAAGGAAAAACUGAUUUUAGAUCAGUACUCCUAAACUGAGAUGUUUUGUGAAUACGGGCCCAGAACUUUUGGGUUCUGAACCUUGACAGUGCAGGUGUAAUAUGUUAACUGAUAAUGUGCGAUAAUGUUCAUCUUGGAGAGAUUAUGGUGUAGAUAAUGCUGUAAGUUAGGAGCCACACGUACGUUCCUCUUAAACCCCGCUGACAGAUUCAUGUUAAUAAACAAGCUUGGUAAAAAAGAAACAGUUAGUUGGUUACUUGACACAGAGUUCUUACAACUAUAUGCAGACAAAUGGUGUUUGUCAAAAGAAUUAUUUUGAUUUCUGUUUGAAUUUUGUUUUGUUUGUAAAUAAUAAACCUUUAACAUGUAGAAAAUAAAAGACAUAUUGUCAUUUA